AUCGAGUUUCCAGCCCCUCCUGCUCCGCAUGGUUCAGCAGCCAGAAGUGCUCAACAACACAACUCCCUGUAACCUGGAGCGCAGCAGUUCCUGCAUAUGUGACUCGGAGCUCAGCAGCAGCAGCGGCAGCGCCCAGCGAGGCGUUGAUUGCAGGAGGCGGAGGAACAAACACUCGAGAUGCCUUGCAGACGCUACGGAGAAUCCGAAAUUGCCAAGUCACUGUGAUGCUUUGUCAUCAGUUUGAGAGGAUGCAGAGGCAGCUGCUGGCUCGGGAUCGAAACUGACGGACCAGGUGACCUGGUAUACCUAUCGCCCAAAGACUGCAUCCUUCCUACAAAUGAUGCUUCUGCAAGCGGAAGCAGGUGGCUCCUUCCAGACAGUGCUAUGUUUUUCUCUGAGGCUCCCUUUCUCAGGAAAGUCUGCCUAAACUCGAAAGAGUGAGACUUCUAAGCUGAACACAGAAGUGGGAGGAUCGCAGGGCGUUCUAGCCUCUUGUUGCCAGCAUAUAUGUACAGACUGGACAGCGGGAAGUGGAUUGGUUGAAGAACUGAAACUGAGACUGCCAACAAGUUUCCUGCUGCGUAUUUUUUCUGUGCAAGAAACCCUCAAACCUGUUCACUUGAAAGCUGUUUUGCCUUUUUUACCACUUCAGGAGAAGUUAACCAGCACCUUCAGAAGAAAAUCUGUUAAAUUCACAGGAAACAUGGUGCGUAAUCAGUAAGUCGCUGUCUGUGGCCGACAUAAUGACUGAAACGCCGUGGUCGGUUUUAAAUGCUCGUCCUUCUUGAUGGCCUUGACUGAAAAGCUCAAAAGAUGACGAUGUCCCCUCCUGCGAGACCAGAGGGCAUGACUCUGGCUCAGCCCAUCCCCGUCCCAAUGCUGACCGUCCUCCCGCCGUCCUCGGACACAGAGUCCUGGUCUUGUUCGCCUAGUCCCAGACCCCUGCGCUCCGACCGACCCCGUGGCUCCCACCGUAGUAGGACAAGAACCAAAAGGCGGAAACAGGAAGAGCAAGGCUGUGCUUAUAAGCCGCAAUGGGGCAAAACUCCACAAAUCGUGAUAGAGUCGUCCACAGAGAGGGGAGCUGUUCAAUAUCGGAGUCCCUCACCCUCUUUGGUUACUGAGAUGGAGACAGCGAAGCAAGGUCGGGACAGUCCGUCACAUGACCUCCUCGUACCGCCGUCUCGCUCCUGGUCUCGUAGUCCGUCACCCAGCCGCCGCUCUCGCUGGUCCCUCAGGAGCCUGCUCGGCAGGGACUCUGACGGAGACCGCUGCAGUACGGCCAGUAACUCUCCACGCAGCACCCCUGGCAGCUCUCCCUCCCUGCGGCGCAGGGUCCUCGGGGGAGGCAGGGCCAGUGAGAAUGAGGCUGGAGGAGAGAAGAGCAGCGGUGGAGGUGGAGGAGGUGCUGGUUCGGACGGUGCGCUCCCCUCCAUACCCUCUGCCUCCUCCCUCUCAUCUGCCUACCCAAUCGCCUCUCGCCACUUCAGCCGCAAUGCCAAGAAAAUGCAGAGCUGGUACAACGUUCUCAGCCCCACGUACAAACAGCGGAACGAAGAUUUUCGUAAAAUCUUCAAGAAACUUCCUGACUCAGAGCGACUUAUAGUGGACUACUCCUGCGCUCUGCAGAAGGAUAUUCUGCUUCAGGGACGCCUUUAUCUGUCAGAGAAUUGGCUGUGUUUCUACAGUAACAUCUUCCGCUGGGAAACCACUAUCACCAUCCUGCUGAAGGACGUUACCUCUAUGACCAAGGAGAAGACUGCCAAGCUCAUCCCAAAUGCCAUCCAGAUCAGCACUGACAACGAGAAGCAUUUCUUCACAUCUUUUGGUGCAAGAGAUCGCAGCUACAUGAUGAUUUUCCGCCUGUGGCAGAACGCACUGCUGGACAAGUCUCUGUCCCCCAAAGAGCUGUGGCACAUCGUGCACCAGUGCUACGGCACUGAGCUGGGCCUCACCAGCGAAGACGACGACUACGUCUCCCCCACUGCUGAACACAUGAACGGCCUGCUGCCGGGAGAGGAGUCGGGGUCGGUCACAGACCUGUUGGACCUGAGCUCAGUAUCCGUUCCCUCCGCGGGCAGCUCUCCGCCUCCGCUGGUGCCAUGCAGUUUAAGCAGUCCUCCUUCAGCUGCCAGCCUCGGCGGAUCCUCUCCGCCCUCCUCUGCCUCCUGUCUGCCCGUGGAGGUGCCCUCCUUGUCGGGAAGCAGGCUCGGCUCCGAGCCCCUCGAACCCAGCCCACCCAGCUCACACAGCUCGCUGCCAUCCACCACCACCACCACCAACGCCUCUGCCUCUAUCUCCGCCUCCACCCCGGCCUCUGCUGCUGCCUCUUUUACUCUGGAAGAAGGCGGAGACAGCCUGUCCGAGUCAGCCAAUCACAUGCUGCCCCCACCAACUGCCAGUCUGGGAAACCUCUCGUCAUUGGACAUCACCAACGAUGAGGACCUGCCCACAGACCCCAGCAACUCGUCUGACACACAGGAAGAGAGUGAGGUGGAAGCGUUCUGCGCCGACCUUAGCGGGCGGCUGCUCAUCAACACGGCGGUCCGCAUGAGCGUGGACAAACUGCAUGACCUGCUCUUCUCUGCUGACACGCACUUCAUCCAGCACCUCUUCUCCCAGCGACACUUCACCGAUUUGCUGAUAAAUCAGAGUGGGGCCUCAGAGGGAACCACAGAAAAGGUUUUGACGUACAACUGUGAUUGAAAAACAUGGAUCCUGCGUUGCACUAAAACUCCACCUUCUGCCUGCUUACAGACGCUGCAGAAAAGCAGCGCCCGGGGCGAGUGCUACGUGGUGGACUCGGAGGUCAUCACCUCAGGCAUCCCAUACCAGGACUACUUCUACACCGUCCACAGAUACUGCCUCACCUCCAUCAACAAACACAAGAGCCGACUCAGAGUUUCCUCAGACAUCUGCUACAGGAAGCAGCCGUGGAGCCUGGUGAAGGCGCUGAUCGAAAAAAACACCUGGAGCGGCAUCGAAGAGUACUACAAACACAUGGAGAGCGAGGUGUGCAAGCUGGAGACACUCCUGCAGACUGAGGUUACCGUGGUGACCACAGGCGAAGCGGUGGGAACCGACGCCGCCAAGACCCCGCCGGGCUUGCGCCGCAGGAAACGCGCGUGCUCGCGGCGGCAGGGCGAGAGGGAGCGAGAGAGGGAAGGAGGAGGAGCGGGUGCUGGAGACCGAGGGGACAGAGGAGUGGGAGAGGAGAGGGACGCGAGAGAAGCCGGCUCUCAGUUUAUGAAGCUGGGGGAGCGAUCGCGUGGCGGCGGGCACAACAGCAUAUCCACCAUCCUCCUCAUCGUCAGCUUCAUGAUCUGUAUCAGCCUGGUGGUGCUGGUGGCGCUCAACAUGCUGCUGUUCUACAAGCUGUACGCUCUGGAAAGAGCCGCACAUACACUGGAGACGUGGCACUCCUACUCUGUUGCUGACAGUCCUUUGCCUCAGACAGCUGGGGAGUGGGCUCAGGUCCUGCAGCUGCAGAGGCAGUUUCAUCAGGCUCAGCUCAGCAAGUGGCAGCAGAUCCUGCAGUCCUCCGUCUCGCUGCUCGACCAGAUGAAGCAGUCUUUAGAGAAGCUCCACCAGGGCAUCGUGGUCCCAGAGGUCAAGCAGGACCCCCCUGCUGACGCGGAGUCCCUGACCGAGGCCUGAACCUCGCCUGCUCCGACUGCCCCCCUCCCAACCUCCGAACCCGCAGAGAUUCGGAUCGUUUCCUGUUUGAACCCCGGUGAGAGAGGACGCCGCUCAGAACUCUUCUCGCCUGACUGACUUGAAACAGCGACGUUCACCUCGAGUGAACUCAGACUGGAAGCUUUCAGGACCACAGCAAUAAUUUCCCUGCAGCUGCAAGUUGACCGUGUGUGUGUGCGUGUGUGUGUGUGUGCGUGUGUGUGUGUGAGUGUGUGUGAGUGCGUGUGUGCGACGAGGCCACAGGUGGGCCCGUUCAGACCACCCGGUCAGCUGCAAUCUCCUUUAAUUCAGACCUCGACUAUCACAGACCGAACUUCCUCUUCUGACCUGCAACAUUUCAGAGGUUCACGAUUCGGGAAAGCGGGAACGUCGAUCGACUCUCAGCGGACGAGAAAAAAGAGAGGACGAGGAACGCGCUCCCACUUCUCCCGGCUCCGUCAGGGUUUCACGUCUUUUUCAAACUCAUUGCGUCCGACUGUUUCCUGGACCAUGACAGUAUUUAUUGUUGCCGCUGACUGUCUCGUCCUGCUCUGAAGAAGUCAUGUGAUGCCUGUUUCCUGCUCUGAUUUGCUGUUUUGUGUGGGCCAAGAGGGGCUCCACAAGAACGAUCACUGGCCCCAGCAAUAAUAGUGAUUCAUGUUCUGAAUGUUUCAAGCUGAGUAGUACAUAGAGAUACAUAUAUAUAUAUAUAUAUAUAUGUAUAAUGGUAAUAAUGAACCGUGUGUGAGUGUGUGUGCAGCAGAGGACAUUUGGAGGUGAGAGACGGCGUUCGUGUUAGUUUGUUUUUGAAGAUUUCUCUUUCAUGUCGGGUUCAGGUGGAAACUCUCAGGUCUGAUCCGUGACGCAGCGACUCCUGUGAGGACCAAGCAGACCUGUGAGGCUCCCGGAGAAGAAAAAAAGGGAAUUUUUCUGGCAGUAUUGUUUUUCUGUGUGUGUGUUUGUACGAUUCAUUUUCUUUUUAUUCAGUUUUCAUCUUCCGUCUUUGAUUUUUGUCGUUAUUCGUCCUCCCCGCUCACUGGACCUGAAAACAUUUCACCCACCCGAGAGCUUCCUCUCUGGUUUUCUUUCCUGCUCUUCCUCACGCUCUCGUUCUCUUUCUCUCUCCAUUUCGUUUUGGAAAACGGCGUCUGCUGAAGCACGCGGGCCCUGCUGUGCACGGCCGUGCGUGGGUAACAAAAGGAUGUAAUAUUUAUUAAAGGAGGGAGAGAGGGAUGAGGAGCAGAGAUGGGAAUGUACUGUAAAGAUGUGAUUGUACACCAUGCCAUGGAGAGAAAUGAAAAGCUCUAAACACGCAA